AAUUUAAUCUCAGCCUUGAAUACUUAUCAGCUCUUAAGCUUGCAGAAAUGAACCUUGUAAGGGAUAAACCCAAACAUGGAUGUCUCCAUCUUCAAGAUAAUUUUAUGUGAUGGCCUUGUGCAUCUCAAACAAUGCUUCUAAACAGUGUAGCAGCUUCAGAAGUUAGUUAGAAGCUUCAGAUGGUGAGCAGGGAUAGCCAGAAGCAUCGCAGAGACUUGGUUUAGCUUUUGCACGGGUUCCUGCCUGCAGUUAAGAUCAUAAGAAGCACACAAGCCUGUCUCCUUCAAACUGUUCAGCUUUACAUUAACGAGGUAUGUGUUAAUAACUUUUUGCUGAUGCACAGUAUUUAAGCUCAGCUUUUUACUCGAGGAGGUCUGCGGAGUCAUAUGGUCUCAUUAAACCAUCUAACAAUAAAUGAAUAUGGAAAAAUCAGCACACAUUUUCUCUUAAUUUAGUAACUUAAAAACAUUUUGCUUGGAGCGCUCUCAAUUUCAAUAUGCAAGAUGUGUGUGCACGUAGUCAUGUUAAAAUGCUUGAGCUUGCCUGCCUUGGUAUAUCAUCAGAUAUGGAAUUCUAGGCUUACAGAUACUUACUUACAUUCAAAUAAGUUUUGCUUAAUUUUGUUUUCUGCUCCUAUAUUGGGCACUAGACCUCAACAACCAAAAUCCAUGUAUCAGAAUUCCUGUGUGGGUUGUGGUUGUACUGAUUGUCAGUGUUUUAUCAGCCUUUUAGUUCCAGUAGUGCAUGUAUUAGCAACAGUGUUGUGGAGACAGUGAGAUUUGGCAGUAAAUUUAAAGGUGGGGGUUUCUUUUCUAGGUGAAAUUCGGUGAGUUACGGUUGGCUCAGUGCUUUCACUAACCAGAAGUUCUGUUUCUUCAGAAAUCAGAAUAGUACCUGCUGGUCAUUAUGUAGUUUUGUGGGUACAACUUCCUUGGGUAUCAAUCUUGUUUAUACCAAUUGUCUUUCAGUGUCAACACUGGUUACUUGCUUGCAGCAUUACUUCUUCCUUUGAGCUUCAGAGUGGCCCUUCUGCUUGCUGACCUAGCAGGAGGCUCACUUCUGGGGGGAAAAGAGCAUCAUUUCAUGAGACUCCAGUGCUGGAAACUUGCUACAUCUUUGUAUACACUAAGCAGCUACCUGAAUUCAAAGGCAAAAGGCAGUACUAUCUUAAUUUUAUUUUCAACUUGCAUGUGAAAAGUGUUGUUUUAGUAAGUGCAGAUGCUAAUGUGAAGCCCUGCAUUUUGGCAGUUCUUGCUGCAUGUAUUUUCAGAGCUCCAUCUUCAUUCCACAUGCUCUCAGUAUUCUGGAAUUGCUAAGCUUUACCCUUUCGUGCAGAAGAUAAAAUUGGAAAACUGUAAUGAGCUUUCUUUGGUUUAUAACUAGAUCUCUUUGAGUUGGGAAUUUAUACAGUAAGGUGCCUGCUCUGCCUUAGUGUAGGACUGUUGGAGAGUGCUGGGAUUCUGUACUCUGAUUUCUUCACUUUCUGACUUCUCAGGAGUUGAUGGUACAUCUAAGAGUGUUUCUCUUCAUCUCAACAGUUGGUUCUCUUGAAAUGUUUUCCUUUUUUUAUUCUGUGGAAUUUUCUGCAACUGUUCUGCAAAAGUAUUCAACUGCUUUCUAUUGUUUAAAAUGUAUGUUCAGAAUGACAUCUCGUUUUCGGGCUUUUGCUUUGAAACAUACUGGGGUAGUAAAAUAGCUGAGUCAAUGUUUAACACUCCUUGCUAGGCCAGCAUUUAACUUCUAUAGCAGUUUACAUGGAAUAGUUCAUAGAAGACAAUUUCCUUCCAGCUUUUCAGAAGUGCUACAUGUUCCAUGACAUUUUUUGAGGCAAAGAGGACAUAAUGAGUUCUUGAGUGUUUAAAAUUUAGGUGACAUCUACUAAGAGUGUAGAUCCUGUUCAUCAGAGUGUCAACAGGAAGCAAGAACAGCAGGAAAAGAAAGAGUAUAUCCAAAAUUCAUGAUGUAGCUUUGAAAACAAGAAAAGUUUGUUACUUGUUACUGUUUCUAAGAUGUAGGUGAGUAAAUUGUACCUGUGUUAUCAAAGCCUUUGGUGUGAUCACAAAAGGCAACUUGUGCACCUGCAAGAAAGGGAAAAAAAAAUAACAAACCAAACUUGACAUAAUGAAGCUCCAUGUAUAAUGCGAAUACUUCACUGUUUCGUUUCACUGGUUUAUGGUAUCUUUUUCCUUUAAUGACAGGAUUCACUGACAGUCAGGUUUUGCUCCUGCUUUUGAGCUUGCAGGCUUGAAUGAUGAAAUAUUUAAGAUGAAAAUGUAGUUUCUGUUAUGUCUUUCUGCUAGUUUGAGGAUUGAGUAACUGGAUGCUGAGUGGUAUGGAAGCUAUUUUUCAACUUGUAGUUCUUCUGGGAGAACCUAGUAGUUGUGAGGUGGGGUGGUUCUGAUGAACACUGCACAUGCAGUUGGUUCUGUGUGUGCAUAGAGAACCCGGAGUAACAGAACUGCCUGUUCUGGCUGCUGUUCUGGUGUCAUUUGAGAAAUGGAAUUGGAGAGAGUGCCGAGGGUGGUCCUGCCAGACGGGAUGGUAUGUUAGAGCUGCUGAAGUCAGAGUUCAUGGAAAGCUCUUCGAGCAAACAGCUGUGUCGUACUUCUGCUGUAGAGCUAAAAUGUCUUUGAGUUAUGUUCAGGGAAAGCAGAGGAGGAAAAGAAAUAGUUAAUCUGUAACAACCCAAACCAGAAAAUAAGUAUUUCUGGCUUCCACUCCUGAGUCACUUCUUGUAGUCAAAGGGUUUGAUAAUUUCGGCAGACUGGAAGUAAGCAAGGUGCUCUACCGGUUGAAGUACCUAAUUAUGAUGAGGUUAUGAAUCAUAAAUGAGAAAUUAGCCUUCUGCUGAGCACAUCUAUGGAACACUCAUAUUGCCCUCAUCUUUUUUUGUUUAUGCAAAGGUAUUGACUAUGUUGCUGAGACAUGAGGUGAUUCAGGAAGCGUUUCUAACAUGCAGCAUGCUACAAAUUUCUCCUGUAACGUUGAAAUACCAGUAACACCUCUAUGGGGAGUUCUAGAGGACAUUGCAGACAGCUCAUGAGCAUUUGAGUUGUUUCUGCCAUUUAAUUCAGUGCCUUUGUCCUGUUAAAAUUGGAGACUUGCCCCGUAAAUCUCAUGACGAUUUCUAAUUUUAAGGUAUUGCUUUUCCAUUUAACCCUGCAAAUGAGGGAUUUUUGAGUUCAACACAUCUUGCAAUUCCCCCUGUUUUUCCAUAAAGAGGUUUUCAUCAGCUGAAGUUGGCAGUAAUCAGCAGAUCUGAACUUCCUGCUCAUAGACGUGACCUUCCCCACCCUUUGUCAACUCAGUGCUGACAAGGAAGGACAGUGAAGAAGGAAAUUGUGAAUCUUUUAACUUGGCUAGGAACAGUCUUCCUCUGAGUUGAACUAAAUCACUGGAAGAAAGAGAAACAAGUACCUGCUUAUUAGAUAAUCAAAUGUUGGUUGUUUUGUUGUAAGGCUUUUUUCCUAGCAGUAGCAUCUUUUCAGUCUUGACCAAUAGCUGAUUUUAUGGUUCAGGAGGGAAGAUAUGAGAUGAUGGAAGAUUGAAGAGGAGCAAUCUUGUAAAUCAGUACUCUUCCACUUGUCAAGAUGGAAAGCUCAGAUUCCAGUGAUAAAGGGAAUAUCGAUCAAUCGGAAGCACAACGUCAGAGUCAGCUGGAUCGGUUAGAUCGAGAAGAAGCUUUCUAUCAGUUUGUAAACAACCUGAGUGAAGAGGACUACAGGCUUAUGAGAGACAACAAUUUGCUAGGAACACCAGGUGAAAUUACUGAAGAAGAGUUGCUGAGAAGGCUACACCAAGUUAAAGAAGGUCCGCCACAGCAAAACAGUGAUGAGAAUAGAGGUGCAGAGUCCGCAGAAGAUGUUUCAAAUGGAGAUUCUAUAAUAGACUGGCUUAAUUCAGUCCGACAGACUGGAAAUACAACACGGAGUGGGCAACGAGGAAACCAGUCUUGGAGAGCAGUGAGCCGGACUAACCCAAAUAGUGGUGACUUCAGAUUCAGCUUGGAAAUAAAUGUCAACCGUAAUAAUGGGAACACAAAUCCAGAAACUGAGAAUGAGCCAUCUGUAGAGCCUUCCACUGGGGAGGAUCUGGAAAACAGCCAAAGUGACUCUGAAAUUCCAAGGUCCGAAUCGCCAUCUGUAAGGCAGCCUGGAUCAGAAAGGAGCACUUCAGAGGAGCUAACAACUGAGGAAGCUUCCCCUCCUAGAGGCCAGAGGAGAGCAAGAAGUAGGAGUCCAGAACAGAGGAGAACACGGGCUAGGACUGAUAGAAGUAGGUCACCUAUUAAUCCAGUGAGUGAGACUCCUCGCAGGGCUCAUCACAAUACAUCAUCUCAAACACUUGACCACUCCUCAGUGAAUGAAGUCGAGGGAAGCUCUAGAACUAGGCAGCAUGUGACAUUAAGGCAGCAUACAGUGGGGACUGAGAUGCCAAGUGAAAACGCAGUUCUGUUUUCAACCCCUGAAACAAGACCUGUGCCUCAAGCAGCAGGUUCGUCAGAAACUAACGGUACCAGUGAGUCCGCAACUCCUGGGCAGAGGCCUCCUACCAUAGUGCUUGAUCUUCAGGUGAGAAGAGUUCGUCCAGGAGAGUAUCGGCAAAGAGACAGCAUAGCCAACAGAACUCGGUCCAGGUCCCAGACACCCAACAACACCGUCACCUACGAAAGUGAACGGGGAGGGUUUAGGCGCACGUUUUCACGUUCAGAACGGGCUGGAGUGAGAACUUAUGUCAGUACCAUUAGGAUUCCAAUCCGUAGGAUCUUAAACACAGGCUUGAGCGAGACUACAUCAGUUGCUAUUCAGACUAUGCUAAGGCAGAUAAUGACAGGCUUCGGAGAGCUGAGUUACUUUAUGUAUAGUGAUAGCGAUGCAGAUCCUAGUGGCCCAGCUCCAAACCAGAACGUGGAUGCUUCUGAGCCACAGAACGGAGGUAGUGGUACUUCAGGCAAUGAAAGUACAGAUGUUAGCUCAGGGGAGGUAUAUGAAGGUGGCAAUGAAGGUGGUUCAACAUCUGGUGCCAGACGGGAAGGUCGGAAUACGAGGGGCUCGGUCACAUUUGAAGAAAGUGGUUCUCUACCAUUCCUUAGCCUAGCACAGUUUUUCCUUCUAAAUGAAGAUGAUGAUGACCAACCAAGAGGACUCACCAAAGAACAAAUUGACAACCUAGCAAUGAGGAAUUUUGGUGAGAGUGAUGCUCUGAAAACCUGUAGUGUGUGUAUUACCGAGUACACGGAAGGCAACAAGCUCCGGAAGCUGCCUUGUUCACACGAGUAUCACGUCCACUGCAUUGAUCGCUGGUUAUCAGAGAAUUCCACUUGUCCCAUUUGUCGCAGAGCAGUCUUAGCUUCCGGUAACAGAGAGAGUGUUGUCUAAAUGAGAUCUGGAUUUAUGGCCAAGCAGCUAGUGUGAUAGUGAUGGGCAAAGAAGUCACUUCCUUUAUGGCCACUUUUUGAGUGGUACCUCAAAUGUAUAGUAAUGACUUGGAGUGAAUCUUCCCCCGUGAAAGCAUUUUCUCUGGAUUCAAGCUUUUAAAACUGGAAAAAUUUCUUUAAUUAGAGUUUUCAAGAUUUAGUCAGUUUGGGUGUUAAAUUUCACUUGUCCAAAGACAUCUACUCACUUAAACAUACUUUUUUUUUUCUUUGUGAAGAGUAUUAAGUUCUUUCCCCCGCCCAGCCCCUGCCAUCCCAGUCCAAUAAACAUUAUGUCCUCAAGAUUGUGCUUAUGAGGAGAUCUUUGAGAAGUCAUCCCAGCUAAAUGUACAUGAGUCGAGGAGGAGUUUUUGCAAGAAAUCCAACUAUCUGAAAGAAUAACAUGAACUUAAUUGCACACUUGAACCUACUUUUAGUUUUCAUCCUGGGUUGAUAUUGGACAUGUCUGUGUAAAUAACACUAAUGUUAGCCCUUUCCCCAUCACUAUGGCACGCUGUAGGAUGAGCUGUUAGCUUAACUGGGAUAUUUAUCUUGUUGUGGAAAUAUAAGAAUUGCCUAUGCUUGUUUAAAUAAAGAAGAAAAAAAUCUGUUUUAAAAUUGUAAAGCUUUUUUGUAGAAGCUCAGUACUUUUCCAAUGCACUGUUGUACUAACGCAUUAAGAAUUAAAAUUGUACCAUGCUUAGAAAUCAAGAAUGCUUUUCAUACAAAACCCACCACACAGAGAGCAAACUAAAUACAAGAGAGCUGCUUUUGUAACUGUGUACCUGUCAAGAGCAGUGCAUAUCUGUACUAUUUAUGUGAACAGCUACUGUAAUAUAGACCCAGUUGAAUUAGACAUCUUAAUUGCAUUAAAAAAAAGGAAAUUAAAUGUUAUAAUUGCAGUGUUUUGGCUUGGUAAUGCCACCAGAAAAGAAACUGUUCUAGUGGCUGGUUAUUUCUUGGUAUGGUUGCUGAUACAUGAUAAUACAAACCAGUAUCUACCAGUUCAUUCAAUGGGGUUUCAUUCAAAUUCAAUGCCCAAUUUUCUAUCAACUUUUACUUUCAAUUUUUGAGGCAACUCUACGUAACUAUUCAGCAAAUACAUAUUGACAGGUUUUGGCUUUUUCUUCCCAGAUAGCUUUGAUUGUAUUGGCAACCUCUGAAUCUGUUGAGUGAACGUGCUGAUAUGUCCAGUGUUAGUAGCUUGUGGCUUGAGUGCCACAGAAAAAUAACUGAAGUAUUAACUGGAAAACAUUAUCAGAGUUAGAUUAAAUUUGAAAAUUGUAAUUGAUUAUGGGAUUACACUUAACUGUGUAGCCAAGUCUAAGAAUAACAAACUCUUUAUGCUCCUAUUGGACAGAUUAAAAUGAGAUGAAUUUAUGUUUAAAACGAUGUGUGUGACAUUGAAAUGGAGAAUUGGAGCAUGUACCUCAACCAUCAGUGUCAGAGGAAAAGAUCCUUCACCCUCAAUGGCCAGUUUUGUUUUAAUCUUUAAUGAUUAUUUCCUGGCUUACACAUGUGACAGGGAAAGCAAUAUUUGGACUCCAGGGCAGUAGUUAUGAAGGGAUAUGAACUGCUCUUGCUGGCUCUGUGGGAAACAUUGCUUGUUCCUCACAUGAUAAAACCAAAGCUGGCUUAUCUCUUUUUUUUUUUUUUUUUUUCCUAAUUAAAACACAUUUUUGGUGUUUUACAGUGGUGGUUGCAUAAACUGUAGUCUCUGCUCUAAGCCAUUUGAACAUCUCAUCAGCUAGUUAAGGCUUCCACAAUGUCCCAAAAUUCCAAAGUUUCUCUACGUGUGCGUUUUGUGGUGCUUGGUUCAGUGGGAAACCCUGACUGGCUCUUGAGCUCGCUUUCCUCCUGGUGGGGCUUCCUGGGUGGAUUCUUCUUGAACAGAAGAAUCUACAAGCUUGUGGGUUUUGCAUUUUUCCCUCUUGACAUGCAUCACUGUAUAAUUGGAAAUGAGCUAUUUCAGAUGCUGGACUCUCUAUGCCAAAAUUUCCUCAACAGAAUAACACUUCUGAAUUUCUUCUAGUAGCAUUCACAUUGCAAAUACACGCUAUCAGUUGCAGUUUCCAGUAGCUUUACUGACUUACUGGAGCAUAGAAUUAGAAAGAGAAAAAAAAAAACCUCUUUAUGUGAAUACCAUGUAAGAUUUCAAAAGCCUGAUGUACAUCUCUGAGGACUAAUGCUGGUGACCAGAAAGAAAGGAGCCCACUAGUGCUAAUCAAUGUGAAGCACGGCUGUGAUACCUGUCAUUCAACAUAGCUUUCUUUUUAAUGUUCUGAGUUUCCAGUAACUGUUCACAUUGGUAGAAUCAACUUUACAGUUUUGUUAUAGCUUAAUAGUGGCAUGCCUUAACAUUUUAUCUUUCUGUAACAAUAGCAACUAAUAAAAUGUUGGAGGUUUCCCAAAUGGUACCAAGAACAAAUAAUUUAAUCUCAGGUCAGGAGACCUUGAGUGUUCUCAAUGUUUUCUAUGCCUUUUCCAAUGCUGAGCGGGCUGAAGGUGCUGGGGGGGUUCUUGUCUGACGUCUGGAGGAGCUGGCAGAAUUAAAUUGCUGAUGCAGCAAAGACCUCUUUCUGUAGCUGAGUCAUAUGUUGGCCUCUGGUAAUUCAAUUUCUAUUCUUUUAAAGUUAGAUGGGAGUUAGAAAAAGCUAAUGUUAACGCUUGGAUUGCUAAGCAAAUAGGAAAGAUGUUUUUCAUUUAACAGGGUUCACAAUUAGCCUAAUUUACAGUUUAUGGAUCAUUUUGCUAUUGAGCAUUUGUACUUGUCACUUCCUUAGAUUCACGCUUUCAUGGAGGCAUCCAGCAACAUAACUCCUGCCUGUAGCCACAGGAAGGGUUAUAAUGGGCUAAUUUUGUUAUAUUCAAAGGCCUGGUUGUACAGAAAUGGGGAGUGAAGAGGCAGAGGCCUCCUGGCUGCCUCUUCUGCCUGGUUUGCAGUGCCACCGUGUGGGAGCCUCUCAGCCUUCCUUGCUUGGAGCAUGGAAUCUGCCUUGGAGCAGCACGGUUCCUUUCGCACUGAAGGCUAUGGCUUUAUUUUUGAUGGGAGUUCCUUGUUAUUGCUCGCCUCAGUAGUUAUCACGGUGGCUUUGUCACACUGCUAAACCAUCCAAGCUCCUGCUGGGAAUAUCUUAUCUGGCAUGCGAGCUUCAUUCCUUUCCUCCUUGUACCCACAGGACCUUCAUACGCAGCAAUUAUAGCAGUCACAAGGCCAAAACAGAGAAGAACGCACAGUGUUAUUUUUAUUUAACUAUGUUUGAUAGUUUAGCUCAGAUUAUGAACCAAUACAGAGUUUUGGAUGCGUGCUUUCUAUUUAACUGGGGCUUUGCCCAUUGAAAGACUGCGAAGAGUUAUUCCUGGGGUUUGUUACGUUUCCCUUUCACGUGCACUUUUAUUUCUUUGCACAAGUUGGGGUUUUUUGCAGAGAAGUUGUAGGUAGUGAAUUUAUUCCAUUUAAAAAUGAUUUGAUUAGUACUGCACAUUGCUCAAUAAAUGACCUUUUGUACGAAGGCUGGAUGUGCAGGUGCAGCAGCUGCACUGACACGAUACCCCAUCAUUGCUGAAGGAGCUGGAAUUGUCCAUUGUGCCCACUUGCAGAUGAAUGGAUUUCCCACCACAGUUGGCACAAUGGACCACAAUGGCUGUCACUCCGGUUUCCUGUCACUUGGCUGGAUUAUGCAAAUGUGGCAAGUCCAAAGGAUGUUUCCUGGUGUAUCUGUGUCCAUGUUUAUCUCGAAAUGGUUGCCUACACAAAGAGGAGGUUCCCAAUGGUCUCCUAAUGAUGAGGGUCUAAUGUGAAGAUGAGAAAAGAAAUGCAGUUACGGCCUGACCGUGUGUCUCUGCCUUUUAGCAGUGCGAUGAGGGGGUUUCUGAGUCUCCCAGCGUGAUCUUCACCAUCACACUAUGAUACAGAACAUGUUGGCUUAGCCACAGCCUUAUGGUUAGGUUGGGAUCCUUCUCAUUAAUAUAUGUGUUCUUGUAACUGAUGUCUUGGUUUUCUCAGUGAUCAUCCUUGCUCGGGGAAGGGUAUGUAGCACGCAUGGAGCUGGUGAGGUUCAGUGAUUAUGGAAAUGCCUGCCUGCUCCUCCGCCUUCUCCCAGGAGGAGGUGCUUUGGAUCAGGCUUGGCUUGGAGCCACAUUAAGGGAAUUAUAACAGAUUCAGACAUAUUUCCCACCCUCACAUACACUAGGCUUUUUGUUUGUUUGUCCUUGGCUAGAGAGGGAAGGAGGAGGGUGGAGAGACAAAAUCAAGGGUAACUUGCCCAAAGUACGUAAAAGUUGUGUUUUCAUCUGUUAUACCAGGGCUUCCCAACCUUUUGGUAGGAGAUGGCUCUUUUUUUCUUCUUUUUCUCAUGGGAAAACAUACCAUUGAGUUUGUUUUGAUUGUUUCAUCUGGUUUUGUUCUCUUAAGCUAAAAAAACACCCGAGGCCCCUUUUUGCAUUUCACUGCCUGUUAGUAAGGCUGUUGGUUGGGAAGCCCUGAAUUCCACUGAGAAUGUAACAGGUUUCUUUAUUUUUCCUUGGUUUUUUUUUCCUUUUUUCUUUUGUACAGUGCUUUACAUCUGUUUAUACUGGACUUGUUUAAUACCAAAUGGUACUCUGAGGUCAUGGGACAAGAGUUUGACCAGAUUUGCUAGCUAACAUUUAGGAGGAGUUUGUUCCCUAUGUAAGAUGUCAUAAUGCAAAUUUAAAUAGACUCAAUAAAAUGCAUGAAGUGUUCA